AUACGUUGACUUCGUUAAGCAGCAAAACAGUGUGAGGAAUAGUACGCGGUGUAUUGUAUUUAAACUGAUUUCUUUGGAUUUUAUUCUGUUUAACAAUAUGGCUAUAGAAAGAAAAGGAACAUUUAAAGUAGAAUACCUUCAAAAAAUUGAAAAAGAUGUGCAAGCAAAGUGGGAAUCUGAAAAAAUAUAUGAGGAAGAUGCACCUCUUGAACCAAAGAAAAACUCUGAUGAAAAGUUUUUUGCAACAUUUCCUUUUCCUUACAUGAAUGGAAGACUUCAUCUUGGUCAUACUUUUUCAUUAUCAAAAUGUGAGUUUGCCAUAAGAUAUAAUCGUCUUUUGGGAAAGAAGGUUCUUUUCCCAUUUGGUUUUCAUUGUACUGGUAUGCCUAUUAAAGCAUGUGCAGAUAAAUUAAAAAGAGAAAUGGAAUUAUUUGGUUAUCCACCACAAUUUCCUAAUGAAGAAAGAAUUGAAGAAGAAAUUAUAGAUGAUGUAGUAAUAAGAGAUAAAAGCAAAGGAACAAAGAGCAAAGCAGUUGCAAAAUCUGCCGCUGUAAAAUAUCAGUGGCAAAUUAUGAAAACACUUGAUUUGGAAGAUGAAGAGAUACAAAAGUUUGCUAAUGGUUCAUAUUGGUUAGAUUAUUUUCCACCUCUUGCUGUAAAAGAUUUAAAAUCAAUUGGAUUACAUGUGGAUUGGCGCAGAACAUUUAUUACAACUGAUGCAAAUCCAUUUUUUGAUUCAUUUGUGCAAUGGCAAUUUUGGCAUUUAAAAGCUAAAAAUAAAAUAAAAUAUGGAAAAAGGUAUACAAUUUAUUCUCCAAAAGAUAGACAACCUUGUAUGGACCAUGACAGAUCCUCUGGUGAAGGUGUAGGACCACAGGAAUAUACAUUAAUUAAAAUGAAAUUACAAGAACCAUAUCCUCCAAAUUUAAAGUCUCUUUCUGGCAAAUCAGUUUAUUUAGUAGCUGCCACUUUAAGACCAGAAACAAUGUAUGGUCAAACAAAUUGUUGGAUUCAUCCAGACAUAAAUUACAUUGCUUAUACAUUGUCAAAUGGAGAUGUUUAUAUCUCAACAGAAAGAGCAGCUCGAAAUAUGGCUUAUCAAGGUUUCUUUAAAGAUGAAGGAAAAAUAUUAAUUGAAUUAAAACUUACUGGACAAGACAUAUUAGGAUUACCAUUAGAAGCACCUCUUUCAAUUAAUAAUGUAAUUUAUACUUUACCAAUGUUAACCAUUAAAGAAGACAAAGGUACUGGAGUUGUUACUUCUGUACCUAGUGAUUCUCCUGAUGAUUAUGCAGCUUUGAAGGACCUAAAAAAGAAACAGGCUUUUAGAGAAAAAUAUGGUAUAACUGAUCAAAUGGUGUUACCUUACAAUCCUAUACCUAUUAUUGAAGUACCUGGAUUUGGUAAUUUAGCUGCAGUAACUGUAUAUGAUAAAUUGAAAAUUCAGUCUCAGUAUGAUAAAGAUAAAUUAUCAGAAGCCAAGGAAAUGGUAUAUUUGAAAGGAUUUUAUGAUGGUGUAUUGAUAAUUGGUCAAUACAAAGGAAGAAAAGUUCAGGACGUUAAAAAACAAAUACAAAAAGAAUUGAUAAAUGAGGGAAAAGCAGUUAUAUAUUAUGAACCUGAGAAAACUGUAAUCUCGCGAUCAAAUGAUGAGUGUGUGGUGGCUUUGUGUAAUCAAUGGUAUUUGGACUAUGGUGAAGAAGCCUGGAAGAAAGAUGCAGUGGAAGCCUUAAAUAAUCUUAAUACUUUUCAUGAUGAAAUAAGGAAAAAUUUUAUGGCCUGCCUUGAUUGGUUACAUGAACAUGCUUGUUCAAGAACUUAUGGACUUGGUACUAAAUUACCAUGGGAUAAAAAUUGGUUGAUAGAAUCACUGUCAGAUUCAACAAUUUAUAUGGCUUACUAUACUGUAGCUCAUUUAUUACAAGGGGGAACAUUCAAAGGCAAUAAGCCAAAUAUUUAUGGCAUAAAGCCUGAUGAAAUGACACCUGAGGUAUGGGAUUAUAUUUUCUUCAAAGAUGCAAAGUUUCCAAAAACGAAUAUAGAAAAAAAGGCACUGGAUCAUAUGCGUCGUGAAUUUGGUUAUUGGUAUCCAGUAGAUUUGCGAGUAUCUGGAAAAGAUUUAGUCCAAAAUCAUUUAAUAUUUUUCAUUUACAAUCAUAUUGCAAUUUGGCCUAAACAGCCUGAAUUAUGGCCAAAAGGAAUAAGAGCAAAUGGACAUUUACUCUUAAAUUCAAUGAAGAUGUCUAAGUCAGAGGGUAACUUCCUAACACUUGCUGAAGCUGUAGAAAAAUUUUCUGCGGAUGGUAUGCGACUUUGUCUAGCCGAUUCUGGUGAUUCAAUAGAAGAUGCUAAUUUCGUAGAAAACGCGGCUAAUGCUGGAAUUCUCAGAUUAUAUAACUUUGUUGAAUGGGUCAAAGAAGUUUUGGCUUCAAAAGAGACUUUUAGACAAGGAGAAUCAUAUACAUUUAAUGACAAAGUUUUUGAAAGUGAAAUGAAUUUAAAAAUACAAGAAACUGGAGAAAAUUAUUCAAAAAUGCUGUACAAAGAAGCAUUAAAGACAGGAUUCUUUGAGCUACAAACAGCAAGAGAUAAAUAUCUGCAGUUGAGUGCUCUAGAUGGUAUUAAUUGGACAUUAAUUAUGAGAUUUAUAGAACUUCAAAUUAUUCUUUUGUCUCCAAUUUGUCCACAUGUAGCAGAAUAUGUGUGGACACUAAUUGGUAAAGAAGGUAGCAUAUUAAAUGUUAGAUGGCCUCACAUAGGAGAAAUAGACGAAGUUCUUAUAAAAUCAUCACAAUAUCUUAUGGAUGCUGCACAUUCAUUUAGAAUUCAUUUAAAAAAUUAUUUGAUACCAAAGAAAAGUUUAAAAGAAAAAACUGGAACAUCAGUAAUAGAGAAACCUACUCAGGGAACAAUUUGGGUAGCUAAAACAUACCCAUCUUGGCAAAGUACUAUCUUAAAUACAAUAAAAGAGUUAUAUCUUAAAAAUGACAAUAAACUGCCAGAAAAUAAAAUUAUUGCAACAGAAUUAGGGAAAUUACAAGAAUUAAAGAAAUAUAUGAAACGAGUAAUGCCAUUUGUACAAGCUAUGAAGGAAAAAAUGCAACUCGUCGGAUUGAGUGCAUUUAAUUUGACAUUAGAUUUUGACGAAUUCAAAGUUCUAGAAGAUAACAAAAAAUAUCUUGAAAAUACUCUAGAUUUGGAGAAUAUUAUUAUAAAAUAUACAAAUGAAGCUCCAGAAAAAACAAGGGAAGAAUGUUGUCCAGGUGCACCGUACAUGAAUUUUUCUACUACACCUGGAAUCCCAGUAUGCAUUAUAAAUCCACAAAAAUGCAGUGGUUUAUUUAGAACAACGAUUAAAAUAGCAGACGGAGAUACUGUAGAGAAUGUCGUAUCACGAAUAUUAAAAGAAAAUAAACUUAUAAAAAGUCCGUCGUCAAUUUCUCUGUAUCGCUAUAAUGAUUAUUUACUAGGCCCUAGAAGUAAAGCUGUGGCUGAUGAUAUAUUAAAGGAUAAAACUAAAGUUCCGCCUAAUUCUAUGUUUAAUGUGGAUAUGGAAAGCAAAAUUAUUAAUGUAAAUGUAGAAGGAAGUGUAUAUAAUAUUGGUGAUGAAUUAAUUUAUAUUCACGAACCUUUGGAAAAUUAA